AUGCCGUCGCCACCACGACCCGACGUCGACAUCGAGGGCUCCGACGCGGAACUAGAACGGACCAUGUGCACGCCGGUCCAGCGCCACGCGCCGGCGCGCGACGCGCCCUGGUCGGCGCCGGGCGCGGUGUUCAGGCCCAUCUGCGCGAGCCCGCUCACGCCGCCCAACGCGACGUCGGAGAUCAACCGCCACGCGGCGCGCCACGCGGUCGAGUGCUAUGUGGUUUAUGGCGCGAAGCUCGCGGCGCGGCGCGGCGGCAAAGGCCCUUUUUCGCCCGGCGCCGCGGCCGUCGCCGCGGCGCGCGCGAAGUGCCGCCUGCUCUGCCGCGAGGCCGGGACGCGCCGCGCGUUACGACGGCAGCUCGUCAAGGCCGUCGACGCGCGGCGCGGCAAGGAGUCGCGCGCCAAUGGGCUUCUGAGGGAGCUCCUCUCAGAAUUACGGGAGCUGGACGGCAUCGGCUCGCCGGAGCCGUGCACGCCGUUCUCGCCGAAGCGGAUGAACUUGCGGGGCGCCGUGCGCGUGCCCCUGCCGCCUUCCGAAAUUGAUCGAGUUGGCGCCGAAUUGAGUGAGAUGCGAGGCGGGCUGUCGCGGCGGGACGUCGGGAUCGCGGUCGUCGUCGCCGGGCUCGGGGCAUUGACGCUCGCGGCGACGACAGUUUUCGGCGCAUAA